ACAAUAGCACCAAUGGUCAACAACACCGACUGUUUUUGCGUUGACAUCCUCGUCGAGAAGAUCGGCGUCCAUCAUGCCAAAGUUGCUCUCUGGGAUGUCGUGCUGCUCAUACCCGCCACUCUCUUUCUCAUCUAUCUCUCCGUUACGAUGGCACACGCUGUUAGAAGACUGAAAACGGAGCCGAGGGCGAUUUUUCGUACGUUCUACGUGCUGGUGUGGGUUGCGACGGUUUUCAGUGUUGUACGUUGUGUUGUCGCCUUGGCAGCUAGUGACACGGUUGAAGUAGUGAAGAUUCUGUGGGUGUUGCUUCACUUAAUCUUAUUCAUCACGGCAAUGAUGGUGGUCAGUUUGGGCCUCGCAUUUGGCAGUUCGUCUGGCAACAAAAUAAUCAUUCGUGCUUUCAUCGUGUCCGUGCCCAUUAGCGUCGUUUGGGCAGUCACUCAAACUGUUCUUGAGUUUACAGUGAAGCCGGUGAUUGAGCAUGCGAAGGUUAUUGGUGAUAAUGGUACUCACACUGGAGGAUCUGGGAAUGACGCGUACUUUCUCUAUGGAGGAGUGAAGUUUAUGUUGGCAGAAUCAUCGUUUUUCGUUGUGGUUUAUUUCAUUCCCUUCCUGUUGUUACUCACGUCACAUCUACACCAAUUCAAGCUACCAGCUCGGAAAUCGUUCUAUUUGUAUUGCCUUUUAUUGGGGAUGUGCCAUGUUGGACAGUGUGUUGGUCUUUCUCUUAUUCUUGUGUAUCAGCUGGAUGAUCAAUCUGUGUGCAGUGAUUCUAACUUUGCAUAUUGCAUAAUGGAUACAACAUCAUUUUUGUACUACACACUCCUUGUCCCAACCAUCUACGUCGUCUUCCUCCACUCAUACUUCAGGAAAGCCGUCAAAUUUCAAAAGGAUAUCGACGACAAACUGUACAAAGACGGCACAAGCAUGACCGAGAACUCUCCUUUAGUACACGGACAGACAGACUCUAUGCUUGUUAACAACCGUAAAUUUCGAAGUCAGUCUGUUGCUGAGAAAUGCUUCGGAGCUGUAGGUAACAGUUGCAGUCUUAACAAUCCCGACGAUAUCCUUGGCUCACUGAAUAGCUUGAGUCCACGUCCGGUGGAGUCACAAUGUGAUACGAAAUUGGUAUCAAGCUUGGCAGAUUUGGACUGAAGGUUUGAGGGGUUUUAUUUUUUAUUUUGUAGUUGUGAUGGAAUGUGGAGACACGUAUGUGUAUAGUUGAUAUUAAUUGUAACAUAGUUGAUCUUGGGAGAA